AUGGUCUUCCCCUGUGUACAGGUCAUGAAGUUGAUGAGCGACUACGAGGUCACGCUGGUCAAUGACAAUAUGUUCGUUCCGCCGCUUGCCGAGUUCUACGUAAGGUUCAAGGGUCCGGAAGAGACACCUUUCCAGGGUGGUCUCUGGAAGAUCCAUGUGGAGCUACCCGAUCAGUACCCCUACAAGAGCCCAAGCAUCGGCUUUGUAAACCGGAUAUUCCAUCCCAACAUCGACGAGCUCUCAGGGUCAGUCUGCUUGGACGUCAUCAACCAGACAUGGUCACCGAUGUACGAUAUGAUCAACAUCUUCGAAGUCUUCCUUCCCCAACUACUGCGAUACCCCAAUCCGACCGACCCUCUAAACGGAGAAGCCGCCGCCUUACUGAUGAGGGAACCGAAGAGCUAUGACGCAAAGGUCAAGGAAUACGUUCAAAAGUACGCUUCAAAAGACGCGUCUGAAGACUCGGACAAGGACAACGAUGACGAUGACGAGAUGAGCUCCGUCGGCAGCUACGAGUCGGGCGACGAAGAUGAGGCGGCAGGCAACAUGGAGGACAUCUAG